AUGGCGACCACCGAAACAGCGAGGGAGAAAGCGUUAGUCAACUACAGGAAAAAACUGUUAGAACACAGAGAACUUGAUGCCCGACUUAAAGAGAGUAUGUAUGCCUAAAUUUAAAAUACUAAUUCUUCUGGAAACAUUUAUCUAAAAGAAGUUUUAGGAUAAAGCAAAGUCUCCCUUGUCCAAUUCAAACUUUGUUCAAUGUCCUAAUUAAAAGUUACGAUGUGAUUGUAUUUUUGGUGCAUUUGACCGUGCUCCAGUGAAUCAGCCAAAGUGACAAAUAAAUGCAAAAGGGAAUAUCUGCGCUAAAAUUUUUAUAGAGUAGAAGUAUUCAGGAUUCUCCCUUUUGUGAUAGGUAAUAUUGUAGAGAAAGAACUUGAACCGGAUGCUGAUCAUGAAAUUAACUGGCCUUUGCACGGUUUUGAAUUCUUUUGCAACAUAACUAACCGUAAUUUUCUUUUCGUCUUAGUGAGAGAACAACUGAAAGACUUAAGCAAGGAGUAUGACAAAUCUGAAAAUGAUUUAAAGGCUCUGCAAAGUGUUGGACAGGUAUGGUUGUGAUCCUGCUCUUCAGUGUUUGUCUUUUGUUAUUACAGACUGAAUUAACUAUACGAUAUUUUCUAACCUUCCUCUUUAACAGAUUGUUGGGGAAGUUCUAAGGCAGCUUACUGAAGAAAAAUGUAAGAUUAUAAUCAGCUGAAAUUGUUUAUGUUCGUUUUAUUAAUAAUUCCGUUCAAUUCACAAGAUUUACUUAUAGUUUCCUACUCCGCCAUCUGUUCUGCAGUUCUUUAAUUUUUACCUUUAUGUGAACUGUUGUGGUUACAGAGGAAGAAAAAAAUUGAACCAUGGAUAAAACUGAACCACAACAGUUACAACUUAUAACCUUCAUUUUACUCAAGCGUGACAGAAAGUAUGGAACUUGUUUGAUUGUUAAAGUGAGAGCGGAUUUGAAAGGAAUGUUGUGAAGGUAGUGACAUUUCAACAACUUAUUUGGUGAAAGUGAGAAUAGUGAAGUGAUUCUGCUGAUGAACUCAGUUAAAUAUUUAUUUGGACCAUCCUUACAAAGAAGAUCACAAUUCACAGUCAAUGCUCCCAGAUUCUUGUACAUUACUCUUGAAUAGAAAAACAAAAAUUUGACCUUUUUUCUUUAUGUCUUGGCUUGUUAGUUAUUGUGAAGGCAACUAAUGGUCCACGUUAUGUUGUGGGUUGUCGGAGACAGGUUAGUACUGUGGAGGAUGCUGAUAGUUUUGUUUUCCUGAAAUAUCAACAGAACCUUUUUGUCAGACUUUGAGGGAAAACUGUGGUCUAUUUUCUUGAUAGGUGGAUAAAAAGAAGCUUAAGCAAGGUACAAGAGUUGCUCUGGACAUGACAACUCUUACAAUCAUGAGGUAGAGUUUAUUUGUCCUUGUCUCAUCUAGAUCUAAGGCACCGACUACCUGAUAUGGCAGUUUUACCAUCCAAAAUUUUACACAUUUAGAGGGGUGCUCAGCAAACGACUUGGUGUUGUUGUUAUCAUGAUUAUUAGUAAUAUAGUUAGUCAUGAAUUUAAUGAGUACUCAGGUGAUGCCAGAAACCCUACAGUGAGUUAAGUCAGUAACCUGUCAUAAAUGAUUGCAAUUUUUUAGGUAUCUUCCACGAGAAGUUGAUCCUCUUGUUUACAAUAUGUCCCACGAAGAUCCUGGAAACAUUUCUUACUCAGAGGUUGGAGGACUAAGUGAACAGAUCAGGGAACUGAGAGAGGUCUGUGUUUUUCACUGUGUGCAAAAGUCUCUUUGUUAAAUCUGUUGUUUAAUUUACAUUAAUUUCAGUUGAAGGAGGAAUUUCACUUUUGCAUUAUUCUUAUCUGUACAAUAUUACCACAGGUUAUAGAACUUCCCCUGACAAACCCGGAAUUGUUUCAGCGAGUUGGAAUCAGUCCACCUAAAGGAUGCCUUCUGUUUGGUCCUCCAGGUAAAAUAGUUUAUUUUCCAACAAAAUAAGUUUUAUAGGAGUAUUAAUUUUAAAGAUCUAAUCUUAAAUCAGGUAAUUUGGUUCUAUCAACUGAGCUGAUAACUGAGAUUGGCCGCCAUAAAGAGUUUCAAAGCUGACAUUUCAAGGGUUAGCCCUUCUUCAGAGCUGAGGAAGGGCUAACACUUGAAACAUCAAGUUUGAAUCUCUUCGUGGUGGCCAAUUUAUGUUAUCAACUCAGUUGAUAACACUAAAUUACCUUGUUAUACUCUCCAACUGAUGUAGCAUCCCAAUUUCUGUAGAAACUUACCCCCUUUAAUGAUAAAUUAUGUUACUACCUUCAUGACUUUACAAAUUUUUCCUGAUUGGGAGAAUAUUGUUUCAGGAGGGUAAAUCCUGUCAUUUUCUUUCAUUUUCUAGCAAUAUUCUGCCAACAAGCAGCUCCUGUCACCUGCUUUACAAAUAUCUGAUUUUCUCUUCAUUUUUCCUUAAAGCCCCAUACUCAAUAUUUAGAUUAUGUUUGUUGCUUGAUCUUCACGACCUUAAUGUAUAAUUGACAUAUGAUUGCUCUUCUUAAUUAUUUUAUAGGAACUGGAAAAACACUCCUUGCAAGAGCUGUGGCCAGCCAGUUGGACGCAAACUUUCUCAAGGUAACUAUUCAAUAGGUUUUUAGUUAAACAAGACUUGUUGCGAGGAGAAAGGUACAGCAGAAGGCAUCUAACAUUAGUAUCAAUGUUAAGUAAAAUAAGGUGUCAGGAAAUGUUUAUAUGUCUUUAGCUUGUAUUCUGUGAAUGAUCUAAGAGAGGUUGUUGUGUAGUGACUUCUUUGAAUGAUGUCUUAUUUUUUUCAAACCAUUUCUUCAUUUUGUGUUUUAAGGUUGUGUCCAGUGCAAUUGUUGACAAGUAUAUUGGAGAAAGUGCAAGGCUCAUUAGAGAGAUGUUUGGUAUGUUUGUAUGUUUUGUGCAUUUAUCAUGAUAGCCAGCAUAUUGAUUUUCAUUGCAGCUCUUAUUAUUACUAUUGUGAAAAUUUGGUGAAGAUAAGGAAAUUUUCUCCUUUGUGAUCAGUUCCUUUGUUUUUGAGACCUUUACUUGUACGUUGAUCUUGUGAUGGGAAAUUAAAUGCUGUUCUUCUUAAUAAUUGAGGUGUUCAGUAAUCACUUUUUUGGUGGAAAUUAUGAUAAAAUGCAUGACCAUCUCUGAAAGUUUGUUUAUUUUCCUUUCAGUAGACCAUUAGCUUUAUCACUGGGUACUUAGCUAAAGAAGGCUCCUCUAAUUCGUAGUUGCUGUCUUACACUAUCGUUUAUGAUAGAGAAUUUCUAAGUUCAUGUAUGAUGAUCAUAACAACUCUAGGCACAUGGUCCAAACUCAAAGCAAGGAAGCUUUUAACCUCGGGUCAUAGUUUUAAGUAGCAAAGAAAUUUCUGCUUCAACCUUUAUACCUGUUCAAUAUAUUUAUUUUCUAUGGCAGUUCUGUAUCUGAGCACAGUCUACCUACUGUGUUAUUUUACAGUGACAUUUUUUGUUGUCGGUGUAAGCAAUACAGCCACUACUCAGCAUCUUCAAGGCUAUGAGUUUUCACCAGACUGUCUUGAUUUACAGGUUAUGCCAGGGAUCAUGAACCUUGUAUUAUUUUUAUGGAUGAAAUUGAUGCCAUAGGUAUGUAAUCUGUUGAACAAGUUUUUUUUAAAAUAACUGUCAAAAGGAAGGUUAAAUCUUACCCUACAGAGUGCCACUACAAAGAAGUUUAGUUUGUGGUUCAAUGAUUUUUAAUUUUCCACCUGACCUUCUGAUUUAAAAAGAAUAUGCUCUCAUAGGUGGACGGCGUUUCUCUGAGGGCACAUCUGCUGACAGAGAAAUACAAAGGACACUCAUGGAGGUUUGUAACUCCUACACCAAAACGUUGCAUGAUUUACCUAAAUAUUAUAGUCAUAGAAUCCAUGAGUUCGGGGAUAAGCUGAUGACAAUGAAUUAAUUUUUAAUUCAAUUUUUCUUCUUCUAUUGUAGCUUUUAAAUCAAAUGGAUGGUUUUGAUGCUCUGGGGCAGGUGAGAUUAACUUUAUUUAUUGAUGCUUUUUUUUCCCUUUCCACAAUUUUACCUGAACACAUUCCUUUUUUAAUUGGCUGGAAAUACUUCUUUUUAUGCAGCAAUUUUUUUUCAACGUUUAUUACUACCCCGUCCCCAGGUGAAAAUCAUUAUGGCAACGAACCGCCCAGAUACCCUCGACCCAGCUCUCCUCAGACCCGGCCGUCUCGAUCGGAAGAUAGGUGGGUAUAAGAUAACCUUACCACUUUGCGUGAAAGUAAAUUGUUUUUCAUAUUUUUUUAAAAAAAAAAUUGUUCGUUUAUCUGCACUGGGUAUGUUAAGUUCCAAAAACAUAAAGUUUCUGAUUACCCUUCCCUUCUGCUCUAGAAAUUCCGCUGCCGAAUGAACAAGCUCGUAUGGAUAUCCUAAAGAUCCAUUCAGCAAAGAUAACUAAGCAUGGAGAGAUUGGUAAGCACUUUUUGUAGAAUUUCUUUUGAGUUCCAAAAUGAUAUUGAUUGGUUUAGAGUAUAUGCAGGUGCGUUUCUGGCACGUGAGUCGUUUUACAAGCAGCUGUGUUUCACGAAUGAGACAUCGUUACCAUGUGCGCUAUUUCUUGUUUUUCUGGUCAUUUGUUGUGACGUUCAAGGACCUUAUUUACGGUGGCCCACAACUUUCACGGCAAAAGAAAUAACCUCGCGGCAAAAAGGAAAAGACUCACGGCAAAAGAAAUAACCUCACGGCAAAAGAGAAAAGACUCACCGCAAAAGAAAAAACCUCACGGCAAACGAAAAACCUCACGGCAAAAAGAAAAAGACUCACGGCAAAAGAAAAGACCUCACGAUGAGGUUAUUUCUUUUGCCCUGAGGUUAUUCUUUUUGCUGUGAGGUUUUUUCUUUUUCCGUGAGUCGUUUUCUUUUUUCCGUGAGGUUUUUCUUUUGCGGUGAGUCGUUUUCUUUUUGCCGUGGGGUUUUUUCUUUGGCCGUGAGUCUUUUCUUUUUUGCUUCGAGGUUCUUCCUUUUGCCGUGAGGUUAUUUCUUUGGCCGUGACAGUUGUGGGCCACCGUACUUAUUGAUUUGGAAAGAUCUAAAAAUACAAAAGGAGCAACUAUAAUCUCGGGAGGAACAGAAGUAACUGUUUCCGGUUUUUCUUCUUAUAGACUACGAAGCAGUUGUGAAGUUGUCUGACGGAUUCAACGGCGCUGACUUGAGAAACGUGUGCACCGAAGCAGGUUAAAAAAGUCACGUGUUUCUCCAUUUUAACCCUUAACUAAGUUACUCUAAAGGUUUCAAAACUUUUGAUCGAGGGAGUGUAGCUUGGGUUACAAGAAGAACAUAUCUGAGAGUUCUUUUAUCUAUCCAUGAACCUAAGAGCUUGUUAAUAAAUCUCUAAGUGUUAUUACAUUUGUUGUAGUUAGAUAAAUUCUCUGCUCUUUCUUUUUUAGGUAUGUUCGCUAUUCGCGCUGAGAGAGACUACGUCAUCGAGGAGGACUUUAUGAAAGCUGCACGUAAAGUCUCCGACAAUAAGAAGCUGGAGUCUAAACUGGAUUACAAACCUGUUUGA